AUAUAAGCCCCUCUGUACCAGUUACCUUCGUUGCCUGGUUUCCUAAACGGAGCGCCGCAGAGUGUAAUAUGUCCGUUUUGAAAUCAGACUGCGCCCUGGCAGGCUCAUUCAUUUGCUACACUCACAAGGAAGGGCAAAAAGAGCUAUUUGCCCUUCAUUAUGAAUUUAGCAAACAAACGUGCCUUUAAAUAACUAGACAUGCAAUGGGAAUCUUGAAUAAGAUUUGGGGGUAGAGUGUUUCUUCAACAGUAACCCAGAUUCUUCCCCUGGAAGCAAUCAUCAGUGCAACAAAUGAACUAGUUAAAAACUAUUUGGUUAGGGGAAAUAGUCCCAGCAUUUCUGUGUGUCGGGAAGCAUAAUAUUCUGUGUUCAUAUGGUCUACAGCAAAAAAAAAAAAAAGCCUUGCAAUCCCUUUUGUAGCAUCCCUUCCUGUAAGCUGCCCCUUAGGCUUUUCCCAGAUAAACUGGCAGUAUGUUUUUAUUCCCUACAGUGCAGUUCUCCCUUCCUUUCUAUCAGGUCCUAGGCAUAUCCGUCAGCCCAAAUGGGAGCUGAGUUUGCAAGCUGACAGGGGAUGGAGAGGGCUGGUGGUGCUGAUGUCAGAGCCAGGAGACAGUUGUGAUUGGAUCUAAUUAGACUUUGCAGCAGCAAAUAGACAAGCUCCCUGCAUGAUUGGCUUCAAAGUGGCUGGUGCCAAACAACUAGCAGAGGUGCAAAAAGUAGAAGCCGUGCAUUUACAGCCCUGAUAAAGGAAGGCAGCCUGAGUGAGAGCUACCAGGCUCUUGAGCAGCUUCAGUCUAUACCUUUCCACAGUUCUCACAACAAGCAGUUAAGCAUGUCAGCUCAGAAGAUCAGAGACACUUAACCCAGCUGAUGCCAAGUGACAGAGAAUAAUUAGAAUUAAACACCAUGCAGUACUAAAAAGUGAACCUUAUCCACAGAUCUAUCAAGCAGCAAGAACCAGAGGUGAAAAUAUACAAGAAAGAAAAGACCUCUACAUUCUUGUUUACUGAACUACAGUUAUGACAUCAGUUCUGGGGAACAACAGAGCUUCUGGAGGUCCAAGUACUCAACUAAAAUGCAAGUCCAAAAGGAGGAGGAGAAGGAGAUCAAAGAGGAAAGAAAAAGUAAGCAUAUUGUCAACCUUCAUCGCGCCCUUCAAGUAUUUAAGUCCUGGUGCGGCCAAUAUGGAAGAUGAAGACAAUUUAAGUACCAGCAGUGCAGAAGUAAAGGAAAACCGAAAUGUUGGCAACCUGGAGGAUCAUCCGAUAUCCUCUAGUGACAGGUCAAAAGUGGGCACACCUAGCAUUAAAAGGAAAAGACCUUUAGAGGAAGGCAACAGUGGCCAUUUCUGCAAACUCCAACUCAUCUGGAAGAAAGUCUCGUGGUCAGUGACACCAAAGAAUGCCCUGGUCCAGCUACAUGAACUUAAACCAGGUUUACAAUACAAAAUGGUUUCCCAGACAGGCCCAGUGCAUGCUCCAGUCUUUGCUGUUGCCGUAGAAGUAAAUGGGCUUACAUUUGAAGGUACAGGACCCACGAAAAAGAAGGCCAAAAUGCGAGCCGCAGAACUAGCACUGAAGUCUUUUGUUCAGUUCCCAAAUGCAUGUCAAGCUCACUUUGCCAUGGGGAACUGUUUUAACCCAUCCACUGACUUUACAUCUGACCAGGCAGACUUUCCAGACACUCUGUUCAAGGAGUUUGAACCGUCUGCACACAGCGAGGACUUUUCGGUCUAUAACCCGGUUAAUAAUGAAUUGCUUUCUACUGCUUAUCGGCAUGGCAGGUUACUCUGCCACACAUUGGAUUUAAUGGGCCACGCCAAGCAAAACAAGCACAAGAUGGCAUCCACAGCUGAGAGCGAAAAGAACCCAGUGGUGUUGCUAAAUGAGCUGCGAUCGGGACUGAGGUACGUCUGCCUUUCGGAGACUGUGGAGAAGCAGCAUAUCAAGAGUUUUGUGAUGGCAGUGAGAGUGGAUGGGAGAACAUUUGAAGGCUCAGGACGUAGCAAGAAGCUGGCAAAAGGCCAAGCAGCACAAGCUGCGCUGCAGGCCCUCUUUAACAUUCGGCUGCCCAGUCACAUUCCCAGCAGGAGUAAAUGUAACCAUUUGCCACAGGAGUUUGCUGAUUCCAUAUAUCAAAUGGUUACACAGAAGUUUCAAGAGUUGACAGACAAUUUCACCUCCAUGCACGCACGCCACAAAACCCUUGCAGGAAUUGUGAUGACCAGAGGCUUGGACACCAGGCAGGCUCAGGUUAUUGUGCUGUCAUCGGGUACCAAAUGUAUAAAUGGAGAAUACAUUAACGAUCAAGGGCAUGUGGUCAACGACUGCCAUGCAGAAAUUCUGGCAAGGAGAGCAUUUGUUCAUUUCCUUUUCUCUCAGCUGGAGCUACACCUAAGCAAACGGCGAGAGGACUGGGAGCGAUCAGUCUUCGUGCGAUUAAAAGAGGGAGGCUACAGGCUGAAAGAAAACAUUCUGUUCCAUCUGUAUGUGAGCACUUCACCCUGCGGAGAUGCACGCCUCAACUCCCCCUACGAAAUCACAACUGACUUGAACAGUACCAAGCACAUAGUAAGAAAGUACCGGGGGCAUCUACGAACGAAGAUUGAGUCUGGAGAAGGAACCAUCCCCGUCCGAUGCCAUAAUGCAGUUCAAACAUGGGACGGUGUGUUGCUGGGAGAGCAGCUAGUCACAAUGUCUUGCACAGACAAAAUUGCCAGAUGGAACGUUCUGGGGUUACAAGGCGCUCUCCUCAGUUACUUCAUCGAACCCACAUACUUGCACAGCAUUAUUGUGGGAAGCCUCUGUCACACUGGUCACCUUUCCAGGGUAAUGAGCCAUAGAAUAGAAGACAUUGGUCAGCUGCCAGCUUCAUACCGGCAUAAUCAGUUGCUCCUCAGUGGAGUGAGUAAUGCUGAGGGACGGCAACCAGGAAAAUCUCCCAGUUUCAGUGUGAACUGGAUAGUGGGUAACACGGACCCCGAGGUUAUUAAUGCCACAACAGGAAAGAGGACCUGCGGGGGCUCUUCACGGCUCUGCAAGCACAUGUUUUAUGUUCGCUGGGCAAAGCUUUAUGGAAAGCUGAGCUCACGAAUGCCAAGCCAUGGAGACAUGCCAUCAAUGUACAGUGAGGCUAAACUGGUGGCUCAGACGUACCAGGCUGUCAAGCAGCAGCUGUUUAAAGCAUUUCAGAAAGCAGGUCUGGGCACCUGGGUGAAGAAACCCCCAGAGCAAGAUCAGUUUUUACUAACUGUAUAAAUCAUUUGACACCUUUACUACAUGACCGGAUCACAUCAACUGGAGAUAAGGAUAGGCAGGAUGUGUGGGCUGAUAGAAUGGAUGCAGUUCAAUAUUUAAUAACAACCUCCAUGAGAAUAUUUUCUUUUAAUUCUGUAUUGGAAAUACAUAAACAUAAGCUGUAUUCGAUUAAUGCACUGAACUUGACUUUAGGAAACUGCUUUUUCGUACUGAUCCCCUUACACAGAUCUACAUGCCCAGAUUAUAAAAAGUUUCUCACAAAGACACUGCUGUUCAUUGUUUGUAGUACACAGGAUUAUCAUUAUUUAUUCAGGAAGCAGCUGCAUUUCAGACUCAGCAGGCCAUGCAUCUGACUUAAAAUACAGUUUGAUCCAAUGCUCAGUUUGUAAUGAAAGAGGUGCCGGGGCUCAAGCAAUUAGGUGCCAGGGCUUAAGCCAUUUUUUUUACUUUCAUAACUGACCCGGCAAGUCCUGAGAUGCUCGGGCAAUGAGCUGCCAAGCCUAGAGAUGCCGGGGCUCAGCCCUGGCACAAAUUAAGCACUGAGUUUAUCUUCCCCCAACACCAUCAGAGCAAUAAUGUUGCUGAAUGAUGGAAGAUACUUUAGUAAGUGAACAAAUGAAAAUACCUUCAUACCCACAGCAUGACAGGGAGUCACAGGACAAGCAUAUUUAUCCACAAGAAGGAGUUGCGUAUCCUCUAUGAAAAAAUCGUUCAGUCAGCUGCUUAAUUUUGACUACAGGGAUUCUUUUAAACCAUGUUUCCUGUUUUCAGAUCUGAGCAUAGUGCUAGGAGCCAGGAUUUCCUGAUUUCUAAACCUGGCUCUGACACUGACUUCUUUUGUGUCCUUGGGCAAAUCACUUAGGACCAAACUUUCACCCACAGUCCUAAGUUUUUGGUGCCUCAUCUUUUGGAAGCUGCAAACUACACAGAGUUAGGGCCUGAUUUUUCAGAGGUGCUGAAGCCCACAAUUCCAGGUGUAGUCAAUGGGAGCUGAGGGUCCUCUGCACCUCUGAAAAAUCGACUAUUGAGUGUCUGAUGUUGGAUACCCACAAAAAUCUCAGAUACCCAAAAUUAGAGACCACUUUUGAAAUUUUGUCCUUUGUUGCCUCAAUUAUUCCAUCUGUCAAAUGGGGAUAAUAAUAUUUAUCUGCCCCAUGUGGAUCUUGUGAUGAUAAAUUAUUUAAUUAAUGGUUGGUUGUAAAGUACUGUCACGCUUAUGUUGAGUAGUACUUCAGGCUGUAGAUAGUCCCACUGAAACCAUACAAUGGACAUGACUACCCCCAGAGUAAGGAUUUACUCAACGUGCGAAAGGUAGGCUUGCCAGUUUUGGUCUGAUAUAUGCCUGGAGGUUUCAUCAUAUGACGUAAUCUUUAAUUAAAGAUUAAUCUUUAAUUCCUGGAGACUCCUAAAGGGUUUUCAGAUUCUGGUCUUAUGUAAGUACUAAAUAGUCUUAUUAAAUUGACCACACAUUCAUUUGCAGUCUGAAAUGCAGAUUGUUUUGUAUUACAAGAAGAAUAGCUUUUAUCUGCUAAAUCAUAUCUUCAAAAGGAAGGACUGAGUCUGUUAUUAUUGAUCUAUGAAUCAUUUCAUUUCAUCAGAAUGUAAGGAAAACAAAGGCAUGGGAGAUCUAAACGUCCAUAGUCCAACUACAGAACUAACUGUCAGACACACUGUAUUUCUUUUUUGUUUGUUUUUUUUUUGUUUGUUUUUUAAAUGACAGGAUUUGCAGGUAUAUAACAACGUUUCUUUUUAUUCCAGUGAUUCUCUUUAAAUCUGUAUAUAACAUCCUGCCACUGAUUUGUGAUAAUUGUCUAGGUAUUUCCUCAGAACAGUCAAGAUGAGUUACUUUUCAAACAAACACAUAGCUCAUAUUUUUCCAUGUAAUUUCCUUUACACAGGAAACUGUUCCUAUCAAUAAAGGUAGAUGCUCUUUGUAUAGCGUUUAUCAUGUUUGGAGAGCCAUAUGCCGUAAAUACAUUGUUAUUGAUGCCCACAAUAGACUAGCUACAGUAUUUUGAUGAGAUCUUAUUUUUAGAUUAUAAACUACAAGAUGUAGCUAUCGUGUCUUGUAUAAAAAUUAU